AUGAAGGAGAGGAGAAAGAGAGAGAGAGGAGUCAGAUCUGAAGAAGUUGAAGGGAACAUUCAGGGCUUCCAACUUGGUGGAGGAGGAGAUGGUGAGCAACAGCGUCGACGCCGACAAGGUGGAGGAGGGGAGGGGAGAGAGAGGGGAGGCAGAGAUGAAGAAGUUGGAGGGAACAUCCAUGGCUUCAAACUUGGUGGUGGAGGAAGAGGUGGUGGGCAGCGGCGUCGACGUCGGCUAGGUGGAGAAGGAGUGAAGUGGGGGAGAGGAGGUAGAGAUGAAGAAGUUGAAGAUAACAUUCAUAGCUUUAAACUUGGUGGAGGAGGAGGUGGUGAGUGA